AUGAAUGGAGAAAAAGCACACCAAGACUUUAGUAACAUCGUUGAUUUCAAUAUUUUAUUGACUCCUGUGUUGACAAUCAAGGAAAGGGACAACAGAAGACUGGCCAAUUAUCUGAAGCAAAAACCAUCCUGCACACCCAAGAGGCUGUGCAAGGAUCAUUUCAGCUUUAAAAGAGUUACUCCUCAAGGACAAAUACAAACUAUUAGAUAUUUUUAAACCAAAGUUUUGAUGUUAAUGAUCGAAUGAGGUACAAAUCAUGAAGCAUUGAAGGAGUUGCUGCGAAAGCCAGCAGUCAAUCAAGAGGACUUGGAAUCAGCUUUGGUAGGGCUGGCGAGGUCACAUGGAGUUGAUUGGCAGGCAGCUUGCAUGGAGGAAACUGAUCUGCUCUUCAGCUUUUAGCAGGACUUUGAUUGCUGAGAAGAGCCUUUUGAGCAACAGCAGGGAGAGCAGCCACACUUGGAACAGCAGGGAGAUUUGGUGCUGCAGCAGGGGGGGCAGCAGGGCUUGCAGCAAACCUGCUGGCAACAGGGUACGGAGCAGCUGCUCUUGGAACAGCAGCAGGGGGAACAGCCACACUUGGAACAGCAGGAGGACUUGGGGCAGCAGCAAGGGGAACAGCCACACUUGGAACAGCAAGAAGGCUUCUGGCAGCAGCAGGGGCUACAGCCGCACUUGGAACAGCAAGAAGGCUUCUGGCAGCAGCAGGGGCUACAGCCGCACUUGGAACAGCAGGAAGGCUUCUGGCAGCAGCAGGGGGAACAGCCACACUUGGAACAGCAGGAAGGCUUCUGGCAGCAACAGGGGGAACAGCCACACUUGGAACAGCAGGAAGGUUUCUGGCAGCAACAGGGGCUACAGCCACACUUGGAACAGCAGCAAGGCUUCUGGCAGCAACAGGGGGAACAGCCGCACUUGGAACAGCAAGAAGGCUUCUGGCAGCAACAGGGGCUACAGCCGCACUUGGAACAGCAGGAAGGCUUCUGGCAGCAACAGGGGGAACAGCCACACUUGGAACAGCAGGAAGGUUUCUGGCAGCAGCAAGGGGAACAGCCACACUUGGAACAGCAGGAAGGCUUCUGGCAGCAGCAGGGGCUACAGCCACACUUGGAACAGCAGGAAGGCUUCUGGCAGCAACAGGGGGAACAGCCACACUUGGAACAACAGGAAGGCUUCUGGCAGCAACAGGGGGAACAGCCACACUUGGAACAACAGGAAGGCUUCUGGCAGCAACAGGGGCUACAGCCACACUUGGAACAGCAGCAAGGUUUCUGGCAGCAGCAAGGGGAACAGCCACACUUGGAACAGCAGGAAGGCUUUUGA